ACUUUUUUCCUUUCCUUUGUUUUGAGCCUUUGGAAGAGAAUGGGCCGAGGAAGAGUGGAUGGCGGGUUUUAUCGUCAAACUAGGGUUUAAGAUUUUUGACUUUUGAAGAAAAGAAAAUCACUCUGCCGCUCUCCCUCUCUUUCUGAUCACCACUCUCCUCCUCUUCAUCCGCCGAUCAUCCGGAAAGCUUUCGAGUUCUCUUCCUUGAUCUUUUCCACUCAAUCUCGGUUUCUCUUCCCCUCACCGCUCGCCGGGUAGACGGGUGAUAUUCUCAAAUGGCAAAGAAGAGGAAGCAUAGUGAGUCUUUGCCGACGGUAUCGGUUAAGAAGGACGAUGAUGCUCCGGAGAGACCUAAGCGGACACUUAUGGGCUGGAAAGACAAAAAAGUGACAAAAGAGAGUGAAGUUGGUUCUGAUCAUGCUGUUUUUCGAAAUAAAGAAAAGGUUCUCGUCACGUGUUCCCGUCGAAUCAAUUUUAGGUAUCGGCAUUUGAUGUUGAAUAUGGUAUCACUUUUGCCACAUUGUAAGAAGGAUAACAAGGUGGAGUCGAGGUCCAGCAAGGGUGCAACACUGAAUGAGCUGGUUGAGCUCAAAGGUUGUUCUUCCAGCCUAUUUUUCGAGUGCAGAAAACAUAAAGAUCUUUAUCUAUGUAUGGCAAAGUGCCCUAGUGGGCCAUCUGUGAAGUUUUUAGUUAAUGCCAUGCAUACAAUGGAAGAAUUGAAGCUUACAGGGAACCAUCUGAAAGGUUCCCGUCCAAUUUUGACAUUUUCAUCAAAUUUUGAUAAAGAUGUCCACUGGAAACUUCUGAAGGAAAUGAUUAUUCAGAUUUUUGGAACUCCUAAGGAGCAUCGACAUUCUAAACCGUACCAUGAUCAUGUAUUUGUUUUCUCUAUUGUUGAUGACCAUAUCUGGUUCCGGAAUUACCAGAUAUCUGUUCCACAUAAUGAAUCAGAUAAAGUGGCUCGAGGAGGACUAGAUAAAAUGACACUCAUUGAGGUUGGCCCACGAUUCUGUUUGAAUCCAAUCAAGAUAUUUGGUGGCAGUUUUGGAGGUCCUACCCUAUAUGAGAACCCACUUUAUGUAUCGCCAAACCAGAUUCGAGCAUUGGAGAAGAAACAGAAGGCUGGUAAAUACUCAAAGAAAGUCAAAGCGAAAACGAGGAGGAAGAUGCACGAGUUAUCGAAUCCAUUGGAACCUGACGAGUUUGCUGAUAUGUGGAAGGAACAGUAGUAUUUCAAUAGACUUAAUUUAAGCCAAGACUCGAUCAUAAUUCCUUGCCUCUUGAAAUGGGAUUUUUGUUCUAUAAUACUAGCAAGUGUAAUGCAAAUUUUGUCCUGGUUUAUUUAAACCUUGAGGUGUAUGUUUCUCUAUCUUCAAUGUAUCUCUUAGUCCAAUACUUGGGAGUUUAGAUAUGCUUUUACAAGAUCAAAGGGCAUCUCAUAUGUUUUACUUUCUGUUACCAAAAAAUAGUUCCGAACGAAAACGCAUAUAAGAUCAUUUAAUUUUUA